AAGGUGCAAGAACGACCGGAAGUUUUGUUUUGUUUCUCGGAGGCUUUCGAAGAGGAAACGAAUACAGUUUAAGAAAACCCGAUAACAAGAUAGAACGAGAACAAGAGGACCACCAACACUUGUCCAUGAUAUGAAAGAUGUCUAAGGUGGAAGCAAGAGCCACAGGGCGACCAAGCAUUCAUGAUGACAAGCGUGGAACGUCGCCACGUAAUAAAACACCCCAGUCUUCAUUGUCCACAGGAAGGUCCCCACGAGUGACGAGGAGUGCAAAAGAGAACCAGUCACCUAUUCGAAGAAAUAAGCCAAGAGAUGACCAAAGCAGUGGUGAAGAGGACCUGGACGAGGUGGACCGCAGCACAAACAUGUACCCUGACCUAUCUCCAUUUUCAUCAUCGGCAUCAGGUUCCCCCCAGGCAUGGAACCUGGAUGAUAAUGAAGGACACACUCUCAAUGAUACAUUCUACAGCACACGUUCACAGUGCCAUACCCGAGGAAUGCAAAAGACCCCAGUCAAAGGGAGUCUGCCCAGGGACAGGCCCGUGACCCCAGAGCAAGGAGCUCAGGGGUGUAGGGUCAUUAGAGGAGGAGGAGGAGAAUUGGGUGACAGGGACAAGAUCCGUGCCAGAAGGGGUCCUGCGCCCUUGUUAAUCAUAGGCUUCACCUUUCUCCUUCUCUUUGCUGUGCUAAGGCUAAAACAGAGCUUGGAUGAAGUACAUGAGCUCUCUGAGCAGAAAGCAUAUGUCAAGCCCAUAGAAGAGGUUUACAGUGAAUUCAAACAGGACCUCAGACACUUCAUCAGUAAGUUCACACAGGAUAAGAAAGUGUGGGUCCAGUUAUUAGGACAGAUUGAGGGCAUCAUGGUUGACUCGCCUCCCCAACCCGCCGUGUUGCUGGUGGUUGUCCCAGAAGAUGCCAGAGGGACAGCAACCUGCCUCAUCUACACCAUUGCACACCUGCUCAAUAAAGCCUUUGAUGACUCAAAAUUUGUAAUGUACGACACCAAGACCAAUGGCCUAGCCAAUCUUGCCUCACUGAAAAUAGAACUUGACGAAACACUUCAGGGGCUCAGCAGAUCUCAUACGGCUAUUAUACACAAUAUAGAGAAUAUCCCGGGCAAAGCGGCCAUGAUUUUCCAUGCAUACUGUGACAAUGAGAAUGCUCCAUUUAAGCAGGCUGUGAUCUUCCCAAUGUUAGAUAUCAAAGGAAAGUAUGAAGAAGUGGCCCAUGAUUGGAUUACAAGAUUGGAUGACAAGGUAGAUAGAUAUCUGAGCCAACUCUGGGGUGCCGAGCUGGUGGACAAGGAUGUGUCCGCCAUCAUCUCACGGGUGGCAAAUGCUCCAAUGCUGAUCAAGCCAGAGCCAGAGGAAAGAAUCAAGAUGAUGUGUCCAAUUAGUGGGCAUGGCAUGGACAAACGUGACAUGCCCAUCGUGAAUGGGUUAAGAAGACUUACUUAUGAACUAUGUCCUGGGUAUGACACUAAACUGCAUCCAGGCAGCGGUUUAGGGAUGACAGUCAACAGCAGAUCCAUUGAUGCCAAAGCAGUGGGGAAGGUGAAUGAGUUACGAUACCGAAGGCCAACGGUAUUUAUAUUUUUAGCAGAAGAGCUUUUGGGAAGGAGAAUGGUACUCUCAAAGUGUACCCUCAGAAGUUGGUGUCUCUAUUCAUUUGCAGAUGGAAAUAUAUGUAAAUUAUAUAUUGGAAAGAUGAUUUUUUUUGUAGUCAUUUAUUUUAUUAUAUACAAUAUAUGUAGGAUUCAUCUAACAUAUCUUUCAUUUUGUGUUUUAUUCACAUUGUGUUUUACUGACCAAAUAUAUAUAUUUUUUUUUCCCACAGAGAGACGUACAAAAAUACACAAUACCAUGUCAGAACAUAAAAAGCUAAUAAUAAAGUACUUAUUCCUUAUAAUCUUGACAUUAAACCAAGGAACUCAUAUCACAUCCUCUGCAGAAACAAAGAGCAACACCUGUAGAAAUAAUGUGCAUGUUUACGACAAACUGAAAAUCAAGCUAAAACACCUUGUAUCAGAAUUCUCACAGCCUAAACAGGUCUGGGUACAGAUUAUUGGACAGUUAUAUUCUAUUAUGGAUGAAACACCCCUGAGACCUGCAGUUAUAAUGGUUGUUGUUCCUCAAGAUACAAAACGAGAAAGUAUGUGUUUUGUUCAGCAUAUUUCUGAGAGUGUUGCUGAUGCAUUUGAUGAUUCAUCAUAUAUCGUCUACAAUGCCAAGAGUGAUAGUCGCUUGGAUCCAUUUAUGAUGAAGCAAAUUUUGGACGAUAAACUUCAACAACUACAAACUUCACACGUAGCAAUAAUCAAUGGCAUGGAGUCAAUUCCAGGCAACGCUUCACUGAUUCUUCAUGGUUACUGUGAUAAUGACAAUGCACCUUAUAAGCAGAGUCUCAUCUUUCUAAUACUCAAUCUACCAGUACAAUACGCAGCUUUACAAGAGGAAAAACUGGACAAAGUCGUCGAUGAGUACCUGCAUGAACUAUGGGGGACACAGCUCAAACUCAAAGACGUCUCUGCGUUAGUGGCCCGAGUUGCCAGCACACCCAUGCUUGUGCAGCCUGAGAGAGAAGAAAUGCUGGAUUGCUUGUGUCCACUUUGAUUUGUGACAUUGCAGUCUUGGUAGGCAAUGUUAUGGUAUGGAUGAAAGUAGAUAUGGAAAAGUUGAUUGAUGGAUAGAUAAAGAGAUAGGUAAAUAGAUAGAUAGAUUGAUAACAGGAUAUAAUGAUAGAUUAGUAGACAGACAGACAGAUGUACAAAUCUGACAAAUAGAAAUGAAAAUGUGUGU